GCAAUAUCGCAAGCACAGCAGGUGUUUUUGUGUUCGUUUGUUGUCAGUUUUAUAAAAAUAGUGUUUUAAUUAUAUUUUUAACUCUUAUUAUACGUUUUUAGUGCUUAAUUAACAAUGAGGAAACCUCUAUUAAGAUGACAAUACCCAGACUGAGAAAAUGAGAAAGUGGUCUUCAUUAUAGGUGAAAUAUCCAUAUUGCAGUCUUUUUGUGUUCACGUGACAACAUAAUAGUUGAGAAAUCAUCAUGAAUUUCACCCCAUUUGGGACAACAUUUACGGCGGGCGCGCUACCUGCGGGACACCAGUUCACCACAGCCAAGUUUGCCCAGCAGGUUGGCACCACUGCUGGUGGCCAGGUGGUGGGUCUACUUAGCUCGGAUGAGCAAGGUGUCACGUACUUGCGGCCCGUCGAUACUAAUGGGGCGGCAUUCACACUCAGUCUUCCGCAGGCCAGCGGCAAUAACUCUCAACAUAAUCAGAUAAUCGCCCUGCCAAUCAAUGUUCCCAGCAAGCCUGGCGACAUGGCUCAGCAGCAAACUCUGCAGAUACAAGUUGUCAAUCCGGCUAACAGUGCUGCCAGUGGAGGAGAAAAGUAUUCCUUGCCCCUCACUCUGCAGCAUUUCCAGCAGGGACAGGGUUGUGAAAACAUAGUGGUGGGUGUCAUAGACCCUAACUCAAUUUCUACAUCAGGAGGUAUAAAGAUGAUUACUCUGGCUUACAAUACAGCACAAGGUGGAACAGAUGGACAUAGUUUACAUUUACAGUUGCAGCAGACGGACGAGAAUGGGGAGGUGCACCAGGACCAGGAACAGCUGCAACAACAUGAGCAACAACAGCACGAUAAUAAUAACACAAGCAGUUCUGGUUCGCAGACACAGCCAAUGCACUGUGAGGAGAUGGUGAGUGUGGUACCCAUGGUGCUACCCGAUGUGAAGCCAAUGCUGAGCGAGGGAGAGGGCACCCAGGCAUAUCCAGUGGCAGUGGUCGCACAGAUCGCCCCUGAACUGAUAUCUGUACGGCAAGAGGACUUAGAGGUGGACAAGGAUGGUCAACCGAAGGAGAAGGAUAAGCAGGACAACGGGACGGAGUACGCGACGUGGCAGCCUAACUCAGCAGUGGCCGACUACUUCAACCGGCUUGGCAACCAGCACCCGCUCAAUAUCCACCAUUUUCUCAAGUUCUCUGCGGAAACAAUCAAACGUGAACAAGCUAUUGAGAGUAGCCCACUCAGCACGGCCGCAGAGAGCGAGGAGACAACUGUGGACAUGCAGCAGACGCAGGAGGAGCAGGUGGAUGAUCCCAUCAACCCAGAAAAUCAAGAGGCCAAAACGAAGAAAAAGAAGAAGUACAAGAAGAAGGCGCCCAAGCCACGGCGGCCGAGGCCUGGACAGGUCCACAUAGCCACUGCACUUGAUGGCACCACUCUCUUCUGCUGUCCCGAGUGUAAUAUGGCCUAUCCAGACAAGGAACUGUUGGAACAACACCUCGUCGCUCACAAGAUUGAGCGCAGGUUCAUAUGUGACAUAUGUGGUGCCGGGUUGAAACGUAAGGAACACUUAGAGAGGCACAAGUUGGGACAUAACCCCGAGAGGCCUUAUAUCUGCAGUGUAUGUUGUAAAGGCUUUAAGCGCAAAGAACAUCUUAAUUUACACUUUGUGAUCCAUUCGGGGGAGAAGACCGAAGUAUGUCCAGAAUGCGGUAAAGGGUUCUACCGGAAAGACCACCUCCGGAAACAUGCCCGAAGUCACCUGGCCAAACGAGUUAAAGAGGAACUUCAACAGGCUGGUGGAGCAGUACUACAAACGGGGCCAGAGGAUGACAGCCCAAACACCGUGAUAUUGCCGUCUGCAGCCGAGACUCAUCCGGUGGCCCUGGUACAACAUCACCCACAGCAUUGACCUACACAUGUGGUACAGUCUGCGGAAGAAAGGUUCUGAGACUGUUGCCUGCCAUCCACGGAGGACCGAACGCCAAAGUGUGGUGUGUGCGUGUUAGUGCGUGCUAGUGUACGUGUGUCUGGUGGCUUGAGGUUUUACUGCUUGACAACACAACGCAAUUGGCCUGACAAAUUCGGUGGUGGGGCAGCCCAACAUAUUAGUAUGUUUAGCUUUAUUUUGCUGGCCUCACCUUUUUGUAAUAUUAUUUAUAACUAAGUAAUUGUUACAAUAGUUUUCCUUAUUUUUUGAACAAGUUUUUUAUAUAUAUUUUAUCUGCAUACCUCUUAAUAUAAGUAAAGUUACAAUCCCAAUGCAUACAAAGUAGGCUUACAAUUUUGUCUAAAUUUUAACUGAACCUUUUUGUAUUGAAGAUGGAUUACAAUAUUUUCAAGAUUUAAUUCAUAAAAAGUUUACUCUGUACAAGAGGUAUGAUUUUUAAAAUCAAUUUUGGUACAGAACACAAUAUCUUUUUAAAUAUAUAUUUUUAAACUGAACGUCCUCUU